AUGGCGAGCUUUCUAUCAUGGCUACCAUGCUGCUCAGCCCAGGCGGAUAAAGACGAGGUCAGUUGAACGUUCAUGUCGCUACCGUCGCUCUGUCGCUCUCUGUCGCGGGCGGCGCACGAAGUGACCUCACCACCGGCGCCUCGUCGCCCCGUCGCCCCGUCGCCCCGUCGCCCUACUAAACGAACACCCCUCUAUCCCACACAGGUCAACGAACGAACAGCCCUUCUCAACCAUGAUAUACUACCCGAGUCAGUGCACUCUCCGACAGCGCAUCGUAGACCGCCGCCUGGGCUGACCGCCUUGCUUCCCCUCUGUCGUGCUCGUGCACAGGGCACCGGUCGAGCAAUCCGCGCCGGGCAGAUCCACAGAGGAACAACAGGCACAGCAGGACUACCUCAGAGCCAUCAUUGAUGCUGCAUGCGCGCAAGUCUUCUUGAUUCCACUCCUGACCCCUUCCGCCCCCUAUCUCUAGCGCGCACCCACCGCUCACCUUCCCGGGAGCUGGCAACAGCGUUUACCCCGAAGCACUAGCGCGGGCCCAAGCUAAUGAUUUGACUCUUUCAAACACAGUCGUUUCGUCAGUGUCACCUCGACGAACCCUUUUGUGAACGCCCACGACUCGAGAUCAUCCCCCGCUUCACCUAAUUCUUCCCGCUCCCCAUCGCCUUCCCCGUCCCCGUCCCCGUCCCCGUCCCCGUCCUCGUCCCAAGCUCGACGGCCCAGCCAAACCCAUCGGAACGGAACUAGUCAGAGCCGCAACCGAAGAGCAUCAGAUUGGAGACCACCCAUGGACCAUAAUUCCGACAACUCGCAUUCCUCGUCGACAAGACGAGGUGGCGGACCUUUCCGGGAAGAAAGUUCGGACGAGGACGGCAAGCGCGUCAUGAGGCUUGAGGCAAGCUUUGGACUUGGGGCUAGAACGAGGGGCGCGGCGAGACCACCGAGUGCGCAUUCGCUCAAGACGUUGCCAAGGUCGUUUGCGAGAGGGCAGGAUGGAUCGGUCCGGGGGAGCCCAUUGGCUCGGGGUGGCACGGACGAACAGGACGAUGAGCAGGACGGGAAGGGACACAACGACGAGGACGACGAGGACGACGACGAGGAUGCGAGAUUUGAUACCUACCGAACGGCGAAGGAAUCGAACGACGAGCGCGGCGACCUGGACAACUCUCGCCCUUCAACGAACAGAUCGGGCACGGGAUCGGCGAGGCUGCCCGUUCGAGACGUGUUUACCGCAGAGGAUGGCCACGAAGCCGAGGUCAGUGCAGGGAACUACUGACCAUACGCUUCCCCUUCGUGAUCGCUUAUACGUCGAACCUCUUCGCACGCAGCUGCAAAAGGCGAUCAAGGAUCUCGAGGCCUCGAUGAAGACGUUCAAGCUCCAGCCCGUUGGCCCCAUCAUUGCCGACAUCCACGGAUGA